AUGACAAGCCUGCAGCAGACCAUCGUUAUUGUGGAAGACGACGAUGUAUGCGUGGAAGCGACGGAUGAUACGCGCAAUGCCCGAGAUCUAUCAAGACGCGUGAGAAGAAAGAGGAAACGAGGAUUGAUAGACAUCGAUGCAUUACCGAUGGAGCUUGGAAGUUCUCAAGUUGUCGAUCUUACCAGCGAUGACAACGUCAGAGCCAACGUAGCAACAUCAUCGCAGUCUAGUGUUCCGCCCUCCCCUGCUAAGCGAGAGGCGUCGACAGCAGGGGCUUCAGACGGGCCUGUUGUUGACAAAGACUCGUGUCCGAUCUGUAUGGAGAAGUUCAAAUCUAAGGUUGCGACUAAGUGCGGGCACCUAUUCUGUAACAAGUGCAUUCGGAAAUGGAUAUCAGAAGUUCACAGUGGACGGAAGUGUCCUAAGUGUCGAAAGCGCGUCGGUGUGUCGGACUUGAGGCCAAUCUAUGAAUGA